GCAGUUUUCGCGAGAGCUUGUGGACGCUUCCUCUUGGUUGGAGAUCGGCUUCCUGACCGGACUUUUUUUUCUAGCCCUGCUUAUUUUCCUUGGGGGGGCAUUUCAGCUUGAGUUUUCCAGGAACGACACCGCGCGUCCUCGUAGCCAAGCAAUUUCGUACUGCUUUACGCGGCCAGUCGCAGUGGCAGCGAACGCGAGAUCUAACUUGUCUUUUGCCGCCUGCAAGUGGAGCGUUCGACAGUCAAAGGCCGUAUCGAAGACACAUUCCAGCGUUGCACGCUUUAAAAUAAACUGCUUUAAUUCACCCUCAAUGCACUUUCACGCCUAUGGCAGCGUCUAUUUUUACUUGACACCCUCAUAGUCAUUGAUACUGCUUCUAGAGGCAUGACAGGGUGGUGAAAUUUUGGGCUGCAGGAUUUCAGAAACUUCUGUAGAUACUAUUGCAAGGGUUUUGUGUGAUCAAUAGACAGUUGCAUUUGGAGGAAUUGCAUGUGAGCAGACGCAACCUGUUUGUUCUCUUUGAGGUAGAUUACAGGAAACUAUGGCACCCAAAAGAAGACCUGUCCCAUUGAUCAUAACUCCCACUGGAGAGGGACAGUCAACCAACAUUGAUGCGGCAGCAGAGGCCAACCUGGAGGCAUUGCAGAGGAAGUUGGGUGAGCUAGACUUGGAUGAACAGCAGAGGAAGCGUCUUGAAGCUUUCCUCACCCAGAAAGCUCAGGUGGGCGAACUAAAAGAUGAAGAUUUUGACCCCAUAUGUGAACUUGGCGCUGGUAACGGUGGCGUGGUCCACAAGGUCCGUCACAAACCUUCAAGACUUGUCAUGGCAAGAAAGCUUAUCCAUUUGGAAAUCAAACCAGCUAUCAGGAACCAGAUUAUACGAGAGCUGCAGGUUCUACAUGAGUGCAACUCACCCUACAUUGUAGGAUUUUAUGGUGCUUUCUACAGCGAUGGAGAAAUCAGCAUCUGUAUGGAGCACAUGGAUGGAGGCUCACUGGAUCAAGUGCUUAAGGAAGCCAAAAGAAUCCCUGAAGAAAUUCUGGGAAAAGUUAGCAUAGCUGUACUCAGAGGACUUGCAUAUCUUCGGGAGAAGCACCAAAUUAUGCACAGAGAUGUUAAGCCCUCAAACAUCCUGGUGAACUCACGCGGUGAGAUCAAACUGUGCGACUUUGGCGUGAGUGGCCAGCUCAUCGACUCCAUGGCCAACUCCUUCGUUGGAACACGGUCAUACAUGUCGCCGGAGAGACUCCAGGGCACGCACUAUUCGGUUCAGUCAGAUGUGUGGAGCAUGGGCCUGUCAUUGGUUGAGCUAGCUAUUGGACGCUUCCCCAUCCCUCCACCUGAUGCCAAGGAACUGGAGGCCAUAUUUGGCCGGCCAGUACUGGAUGCAGGUGGGGCAGAAGGUCACAGCAUGUCCCCGAGACCCAGGCCUCCAGGACGACCAGUCAGUGGACACGGAAUGGACAGCAGGCCAGCCAUGGCUAUAUUUGAGCUACUGGACUACAUUGUCAAUGAGCCACCACCCAAGCUGCCCCAUGGUGUCUACACCACUGACUUCGAAGAGUUUGUGACGAAAUGCCUCAUGAAGAACCCUGCUGACAGAGCUGACCUCAAGAUGCUAAUGGGCCAUACGUUUAUCAAGCGGGCUGAGGUUGAGGAGGUGGAUUUUGCCGGAUGGUUGUGUAAAACCAUGGUCCUCCAUCAGCCCAGCACUCCUACCCAUAGCGCUGAAUGAAUGCUGGCUCACAGCGUAGCCAGCCAUGUCAUCCUCAUCCUCGGCUCUCCUUCUCUCCUCUCUUCUCUCACAGGCCUGUAUGCUUGUAAGCGUCUGACACACCGUUGUGCACUCUUUGCAGUACUCUGCUUGCUCUUCCCUUCUGCUGCGGUACUUUCUGGGGGCAUUGUUUUAUAAUGGAGAGCCUCUAGUGUUGGAACACUUAGUCAUUUGAAUGAAUAUGGAGAUUAGAGUCACUUAAGUGGAGUGGCUGUAUUUUUAAAGACCAGAUUAUUCAGGAAUGUGUCCAAAAUGCUAAAGAUCAACUAGGUUUUUUUCUCUCCAUAAAACAGCCAUUUCAUUAAUUUUUGGAGUUUUUUUUUUUUUUCAGGGUCGGUUUAACAUUUAAUAUUAUUAUGCUUUGUUGCUAAAGUGCUAUUCAUUGGCAGUUAUCAUUACACUGUGUAAAAUGGAUAGCAUGAUUUAAUGGGAAGCAUUUAAUUGAGAAACUGCCAUUUGCAUCUAAGAAAUUUGAAACCAAAGAGAGGGCUAUUGUGGAUCGUACAGGUUUGUUUAUUAUAUGGGCGAUUAUAAAAACGCAAGAUGGCCAAAUCAGAAACAUCCAGGCGCAUGUGUACAGAGUGCUCUUGCAUUGCAGGCCAAGUAAUCUGUCACACCAACCAGUGGCCAUGCUGUAAGUUUGAACACACUACCAGUUAAAAGAAACAACACGCACCUAUUUUGAGUUCCUGUAAUUCUACUGCUGUGCCUGUAAAAAAGAUCAGUAAUUUAGUAUUCAUGUAAUUACUGUUUUCUAGAGGGACAAGUAGUCCCCUUUACAUUGGCUCUCAAAAGCACUUUCAUCAUGUUUUUUUACAGUAAUUUGUUGAUGUUCUCCUUAAGUUUCUGAAAUCAUGGUGUUCUACUCCAAACCAAUGCUUGAAUGGUUUUCCCAUCUCAAAUCUUGUUUUUAAAUUCUGAAAUGGUCUUUGCAAGGGUUAUGUUUUGGGGCAAAUUACAGUUUACUUAUGCUUCAAUGUUCUGUUCUCUAAGAAACAUUAAUGUUUUCUUUUAUUUGCUCUUGAGUACAACCAGGGUAGCACCCCAGAUUAUAGUGCUUUCCUGAGAGCCUGAUGAAUUUUAACACAUCUAAGCUUCUCCAUGUACAUUCUGAGACUGAACUUCAGUGGUUUAUAAAGUGCAAGGAAUGUCUCAGGCCACCAUGUACAUUGCUAUGCAGAUCAAAUGAACCUCUCUCAUAAAUACACGGGUGUUACAGAUGGGCAUUGUGAAGUGUGGCUGAAGCCCACUUGCUCUGGAUAGCUUGGUGUUUCUUUUUUUUUUCUCUCUCUCUCUCUCUCUCUCUCUCGAGUACUUUUCAGUAAUAUUGAAAUUUACUGGCACACUGGCAUUCAGCUCUGACCAAGUGAAUGCAUCUCCACACUUGCGUGUAUAAAACUAUAUGUACAGUACAAAUGGUACUGUGUUUCAGUCUUAAAAGUUUUUCAUUUUAUGGUGUGUUUUUUGUUGUUUUUUUGACUAGUGUAGAGAAGAGGAUAUAAACCAUUUUAUUACCAUAUGGAAUGUGUUGAAUACAAUUCUAAUAUAAAAAUAAAACUUAUUUGUGAAUGAUUAUUCUCCUGCAUUUAUUGUUAUCAGUCUUGAUGAAUGGCAUG